UCGAGGCUCGAGUAUAAAAUGUAGAGCAUUCCCAGUUCCAACUCACAUUCGUACGAGUAUCAUUCAACAUGAAAGCCGUAUUCCUUCUCCUGGCCCUGGUUGUGGCUGUCUCCUAUGCAGCCAGCGACUGCAAUCCUGAUGGCAAUGGAAAACCCGACUGCACUGGAAAUGUUGGGAAGAAAUUCCGCAACUUCUGGGACCCCACCCGCUACUGGCUCUGCGCAACCGCUGGUGAGCCCACUGUUGUGCUGUGCGAGGAGGAAGGAGGACUGGGUACUGGAUACGAUCCCGUGACCCAGAACUGCGUUGACUGGUCGGUCUGGGAGUGGUAUGCGCCCUGCCCUUAAACAUCACUGAAAACUAAAAUAAAAGUGUGGAUAGCAAACUGUA